UGGAGCUGCGGGGCCGUUAAUGAUUUGCAGGAUGACGUGGGGACCGAAGGCCUUUCCAAGGGUCACUGCCGGGGAGUGCGUGGAAGGGCGGCCGCCCUCGCCGGCCUCACCCGGCCCCCCCGGCAGCAAGAUGGUGACUCUGAGCGACUUCCAGCGGAUCGGCCUGGGACUGGUCGGCUUCGGCGUCUUCUUCAUCCUCUUUGGGAUGCUCUUGUACUUCGACUCGGUGCUCCUGGCCUUUGGGAACAUCCUCUUCCUCUCCGGCUUGGUCUUCAUCAUCGGCUUCAGGCGGACCUUCACCUUCUUCUUCCAGAGGCAAAAGCUGAAGGGCACCAGCUUCUUCCUUGGGGGGGUCCUCAUCGUCCUCAUGCGGUGGCCGCUGCUGGGCAUGCUGCUGGAGGCUUACGGCUUCGUCAGCCUCUUCAGGAGUUUUUUCCCGGUGGCUUUUGGGUUUUUGGGCUCGCUGGGAAAUAUCCCCGUCCUGAGCAAGCUCUUGCAGAAGCUGGGAGAAAGCAGCUCCAUGGUGUGACCGCAGGAUGGGUCCAGCCGCGGGAGCUGCUGCCCCAGGGCUCGGAGCUGGCCCUGCUGCAGGGACGGUGCCUCGC